GUACAGUCAGUCAGCAGAGCAGAGGUGAAAGCUCUGAGUGACAGUGUGUGUAAUCUCUGUGAGAGAACAUGAGACGAAUUUGGAUAUCCGAGAGCAUUUACAGCACAAGCAAUAAUAUCCAGCGGCUCGGAUUAGUUUUUAAUAAUCCCUCACCUCGCGCGCCUCGCCCCAGAGCCGCCUGAUAACGUGCGCAGAUCCCGCGACGCGACGCGCGAGCCUUCAUCAAUCUUUGUUAUUCAGAGGAAAACAGAAAAGGAGCCAUGACGCGCUAGCAUAGGCUGCUCGAGCUAACCCAAGCGCGACUGUGCACAUCCUUCUCGAUUCCGUCAGCCUAACGUUUCUUUGUCACAUUUCAUCAGGAAUAUAUUGUAAUCGGCAGGAGUUUAUGCUGGCCUAGAGCAUUAUGGUAUGAAAUCAAUGUUAUGCGCCUGUUGUUGACUCGCCAGGCUAGUAGCGUUAGCCGAUGCUGUGUUACUUACUAACUUACGUCUGACUACAACGGAUCUUCUUAAUUGGAUUUUAAUUAGUUUUACGAUAACAAAUACACAUUCUUAUUAGUAAUUUUGUCAUAACCGUGCAGGUGGUUACUAACGUUAGAUAAAAUGGUAAUGAGAUUUUUUCUUUGUGUUGACAGUUUGGCAUGCGCAUGCUAACAGUGCACUAGCUCGAUAACUCAGUUGCUUUUCUGUCACAGCAAUAACUUGCCAUGAUGAGAUAAACGUCUUUUUUGUUUUGUUUUUUUUACACGUCUUCUCUUCGUUUUUUAUAAUAACGAUGAUUUGAGCUCGUGUGAAGAAAUGUAAACAACCUAGCUGUUCAGUUAGCCAGCCAUUGAAGCAUCUGUAGACUGAUGUUAUUUUAAGACUGAAAGCGUGAAUACGACUGGACAUUUUAAAGAUUAAAAACACUUUUGGGUCUGGAAUGGAAGGGAGGGAAAUGGUUUGAUUUGGCCUGUCUGCACCCUUUCAAAGAUAGACCUGACACAAGAUACUCGUAGAGCCCCAGAGCUCUGGAGGACUCCGAGAGGGACACACAGGUGUCUCCUGUCCUUUGCUCGGACUCUGGCUCUAAUGUGAGCAGUCAUGGGCACCCAGGGCAGCCCUGUCAAGAGCUACGACUACCUGCUCAAGUUCCUCCUGGUGGGAGAUAGCGAUGUGGGGAAAGGAGAGAUCCUGGACAGCCUUCAAGACGGAUCUGCUGAGUCUCCAUAUGCCUACAGCAGCGGAAUCGACUACAAGACCACCACAAUCCUGUUGGAUGGGCGGAGGGUGAAACUAGAGCUUUGGGACACUUCGGGACAAGGCAGGUUCUGCACCAUUUUCCGGUCGUACUCCAGGGGAGCGCAGGGGAUCCUGUUGGUGUAUGAUAUCACCAACCGCUGGUCGUUUGAUGGGAUAGACCGCUGGAUCAGGGAGAUUGAUGAGCACGCACCAGGUGUACCCCGUAUUCUUGUGGGUAACCGGCUGCACCUGGCGUUCAAGCGACAGGUCCCCACAGAACAGGCACGAGCAUACGCAGAAAAGAACGGCAUGACGUUUUUUGAAGUGAGCCCUCUCUGCAACUUCAACGUCAUCGAGUCGUUUACAGAGCUGUCGCGCAUCGUGCUGAUGAGGCACGGCAUGGAGAAGUUCUGGAGACCCAACAGAGUUUUCAGUCUGCAGGACUUGUGCUGCCGUGCCAUUGUGUCCUGCACCCCUGUGCACCUAAUCGAUAAGCUGCCGCUUCCUGUGGCCAUCAAGAGCCAUCUGAAGUCAUUCUCCAUGGCUAACGGCAUGAACGCCGUCAUGAUGCACGGACGGUCCUACUCACUAGCGAACGCCGCCGGAGGCAGCAAAGGCAACAGCCUCAAACGCUCAAAAUCCAUCCGGCCGCCUCAGAGUCCGCCCCAGAACUGCACCAGGAACAACUGUAAGAUCUCCUAGCCUUCGGGCAAGCUCCCUUGCCUUACAUAACACUCAGGUGCACACGGACAAACACACGAGGAAACCGACACAGGGCUGGGCCGAUGAGGCGACAGAGGUGUGGCACCUCCCGGGGAGAGCAGGAUGUGAACACUUCCUGCUGCUACAGACAGCUACAUUUCUCCCCUCACAUUGUUGCAGUACAGUUGAUUCCUCACUCACAGGUCGUGAAUAAAAACAAACCCUUCAUCAGACUCUGAUUUCGUUGCAGUGACCACCGACAGCAUGUUUCCUACCGCGCUAGCGCCCUCUACUGGAGAGUUCAUGCUGCUUUAACCCUGCGUUGGCUGAGAGGCCUCGUUUUGAAGUUGUUUUAUGGGCUUAUAUUCGGCUUUAGUUGUUGCUCAUCCUGCUUAUCCUCCGUGCUCUGCAUAUGGUGUUCCUCUUUUUUUGCUCUUUUUAGGUACCUGUUCUCCCUGCAAAAGCUGAAGUUCCUCGGACACAUGGUCUUGCAUACUUCCAACAAUGAAAGAGGGCUGAUGCGAAAUGACAUGUAGUGCUUACGUAUGAACCGAUGUAUUAAAAAUGUGAUUUGCACUGCCAA